CCGGCGUGCGCGGCGGGGGGUGGGGGGGGAGGAGCUGCGGCGGCGGCGGCGGCCACUCGGGCAGGUCGGCGGCGCCGCGGGAAGCCGCCGACGGCGCGGGCUGUUGGUCCCCGCGCGCAGGAGGCGCGGGCGGCCCGGGGACCAUGGAGUCUGGUGACGCGGCGCGCCUCGGCCCGGGACGGGCGGCUCGGUCCCCGCCACCGCGGCUGCUGCUGCUGCCCCUGCUCCCGUUGCUGCUGGGUCGGGGGCUGCGCGUCGCGGCCUCGGCCUCCUCUGGGGCGGCGGCUGAGGACAGCAGCGCCAUGGAGGAGCUCGCCACGGAGAAAGAGGCGGAGGAGAGCCACCGGCAAGACAGCGUGAGCCUGCUCACCUUCAUCCUGCUGCUCACGCUCACCAUCCUCACCAUCUGGCUCUUCAAGCACCGCCGGGUGCGCUUUCUGCACGAGACGGGGCUGGCCAUGAUCUACGGGCUCAUCGUUGGGGUGAUCUUGAGGUACGGCACCCCUGCCACCAGCGGUCAUGACAAGUCACUCAGCUGUACUCAGGAAGACAGGGCCUUCAGCACCUUAUUAGUGAACGUCAGCGGGAAGUUCUUCGAAUACACCCUGAAAGGAGAAAUCAGCCCUGGCAAGAUCAACAGUGUGGAGCAAAAUGACAUGCUGAGGAAGGUAACGUUUGAUCCAGAGGUCUUUUUCAACAUCCUUCUGCCUCCCAUAAUUUUCCAUGCUGGCUACAGUCUAAAGAAGAGACACUUUUUCAGAAAUCUUGGGUCUAUUCUGGCUUAUGCUUUCUUGGGGACUGCCGUUUCCUGCUUCAUUAUCGGAAAUCUCAUGUACGGUGUGGUGAAGCUCAUGAAGCUCGUGGGGCAACUCUCGGACAAAUUCUACUACACGGACUGUCUCUUCUUUGGAGCCAUUAUCUCUGCCACCGACCCAGUGACUGUACUGGCAAUAUUUAAUGAAUUGCACGCAGACGUGGACCUUUACGCACUUCUGUUCGGGGAAAGCGUCCUGAAUGAUGCUGUUGCCAUUGUCCUGUCCUCGUCUAUUGUUGCCUACCAGCCGGCGGGGCUGAACACGCAUGCCUUUGAUGCUGCUGCCUUUUUUAAAUCAGUGGGCAUUUUUCUAGGCAUAUUUAGUGGCUCUUUCACCAUGGGAGCCGUGACGGGCGUUGUGACUGCUCUAGUGACCAAGUUUACCAAGCUGCACUGCUUCCCCCUCCUGGAGACGGCACUCUUCUUCUUGAUGUCCUGGAGCACCUUCCUUUUGGCGGAAGCCUGUGGCUUCACAGGUGUUGUGGCUGUCCUUUUCUGCGGAAUCACGCAGGCUCAUUACACCUACAACAACCUGUCCGUGGAGUCACGCAGUCGAACAAAGCAGCUCUUUGAGGUGUUACACUUCCUGGCAGAGAAUUUCAUCUUCUCCUACAUGGGCCUGGCACUGUUUACCUUCCAGAAGCACGUUUUCAGCCCUGUGUUCAUCAUUGGAGCUUUUGUCGCCAUCUUCCUGGGCAGAGCUGCGCACAUCUACCCGCUCUCCUUCUUCCUCAACUUGGGCAGAAGGCACAAGAUUGGCUGGAACUUUCAACACAUGAUGAUGUUUUCAGGCCUCAGGGGGGCCAUGGCAUUUGCACUGGCCAUCCGAGACACAGCAUCCUAUGCCCGCCAGAUGAUGUUCACGACCACGCUCCUCAUUGUCUUCUUCACCGUUUGGGUCAUUGGUGGAGGCACGACGCCCAUGUUGUCGUGGCUUAACAUAAGAGUUGGCGUCGAGGAGCCGUCUGAAGAGGACCAGAACGAACUGCGCCGGCAGUACAUCAGAGUUGGUGUUGACCCCGAUCAAGACCCACCACCCAACAAUGACAGCUUUCAAGUCUUACAAGGGGAUGGUCCAGAUUCUGCCAGAGGAAACCGGACAAAGCAGGAGAGUGCAUGGCUCUUCAGGCUGUGGUAUAGCUUUGACCACAAUUACCUGAAGCCCAUCCUCACACACAGCGGCCCCCCACUGACCACCACGCUCCCAGCCUGGUGUGGCCUGCUUGCUCGGUGUCUGACCAGUCCCCAGGUAUACGACAACCAAGAGCCGCUGAGAGAGGAAGACUCAGAUUUCAUCCUGACCGAGGGUGACCUCACCUUGACGUACGGGGACAGCACAGUGACUGCAAAUGGCUCCUCGGGCUCCCACACGGCCUCCACGAGCCUCGAGGGCAGUCGGAGAACCAAGAGCAGCUCAGAGGAGGUACUGGAUCGAGCCCUGGGAAUAGGAGACCAGCCGGUGUCCAGUCGGGGCACGCGCCUAGUGUUCCCCCUGGAGGAUAAUGCGUGACUGCCCCCCCCCACCCCCAGGCUGCAGCGAUGGGGCAGCCCACCCGUGCGGUGAGGAUGGCUGCAAGCCCAGGCUUGUCUGAGCCAGGGCACUGACUCAGUGGAACUAAUGCUUCUGUUUUAUUGAGGUCUGAAGCUCUCUUAACAUUUAAAAUUUAACCCAAGAUGCAGACAGUGGGGCUUAAGUGUGUCUACAUCAAGACAAAUGCAGACCCAUUCCCACUUUCUCACAUAGUAGUGUGCUGUUCCGAGUCAAACAAAUAGCAUGCUUUAACGGUCCAACUCAUUCACCUGCGGAAUCCGAGCCGGGCGCAGCAGGUGUGGGGAGGCCUCCCAGGAGAGGCUUCGGGUCCGUACACAGCAGUGCAAGCUGAGCUGGCUGCAGGAGUAGCCAGACAGGGUCAGAGCAGGCUGGAAGAACGGUCCCGAAGGAAGGCCACCGAGACCGGACCUCCAAAGGUCAUGGGAAGCCAGUGGUCAAUGGGACAGAGCUCAGGAGGAAGCAGUCAGUGCGGCAGCCCUAGCACGGAUGGCUGCGGGACUGUGAACUCAUGUCAGGCUUCUGGACUUUUUGUGCCACUUGGGUUUCCUGUAGAUGGAAGAUCAGAACUCUAUCCGUGAACAUUUCAACAUGGGGAAAGAAUUGGAAUUCCUUCUCUGGAAAUCUCUAGGAAGAAGUAGCUACUGAAAUGUUGAAAAACCAAAGGCAAAAUUGUGUCAUACUGUUGGGUUUUUGGAAUUAAUCCGAGGACAGAAGAAACUGUUUAGAGGCUGAUGAACGAAAAUCGGUCACUUCUUCAGGGCCACCACCGAGGUGACUACUGUGGGGUUUAGGAAUAACACCAAAAUGUGUGGGAUGCUUCUCUCUGGGGACGAGAGAGCAGCAAGGAGCCUAGGAGGCAAUAAGCUAGUCUUCAGAGUUGGGGCAGAAGGAACACACUGUGAGAAAAGUUGACCAUAAAAGACAAGAUGCUGUUCUAAAGACAGAGUAGAAGUCCAAACUUUGAGCUACUAAAUGCAUGGAAUGUCAGUGGCCAGGAGAAGAUUGAGAGGCAAGUCAAUGGAAAAUUGAGCAUCGUUCAGUCCAGUGGACACUUAGUCUGCUUUAAGGUUAAGAAUCUAGAUGUCUUAACACCGAGUGCCAUGUAGAGAAGGGUCGUCUUCUUGGUAUCUGGGGAGGCUUGUACCGGCUUAAAUGUGUGAGUAUGAUUUGAAAUCUAAGUGUUUAGUUUUGGUUCUUUGUGGGUGAGCUGUUCUGCGUGGUAACUAAAAUACUGAGAGAGCUCUUGGAAACCAAGUUUGAGAUUUUCCCUGGGUCUCUAUGCUUCAGUGCUGGUCUCUUAGAAAGAAAAUCCAGAAAGAAAAUCUUAGAAAGAAAAUCCAGUCUCUUUAAAAAAAAAUGCUUUCAUAAAAUGUGGCCAUUUUUCUUAUUGUGGCAGACAAAAUGGCGGCCCAGUCAAGUACACCCAUAAUGAAACCAGCCAUUUAAUCUUCUUAACUCACAUUUUUAAUGGUUAAUAUUUAGAUAAGACAUUACUGCUUUGCUUUUUGAAUUGAUAAUUUGUGCAAAACAGGCAAAAAUUACUAAGUUGAGCCAUAUGAAAUUGCCGAUAUCGACCCAUUUUUCAAAGUCAGAAGUGGCAAUUUCAUAUGGUUCGAUAUAAUAGAAUUAAAUGAUUUUUAUUCCCCUCCUUCCUUUCUAUGUACCUUACAGUCCAUUUUGGUUUUCUCAUGGGCCUCCAUGGGCUUUGUAAGCUUAAAAAAUGAGCUAAACCACCUAACUAAACCCGUAAGGCUCCAAAGUACCCAGGCUAGUGAAGGAUUUGAGAAAACCUCUGCCUCAGAGCCAGAGAAACAGGUUUUUUCCAGAGCCGCUGGAGGUCAUCUGUGUCGUGGGGUCAGAGUGUAGGGAGAAGCUCCCAGGCUUGGCUUGUGUGCCCAAACCCAGCACAGGUUUUAUUCAGUAGUUAUCUCAGUAAUGACCAGUCAUGCCUAUAAACUCGGAAGGUGAGGAGGCUUUCCUGUGUGUUAUUUGUGGAGGUGGAGGGAGAGGCUGGUCCGCUCUUUGGAUGGGUCUUAUAAAGCCUUGCUUGCCUCUUACGUUGCUUACUUAUUUCAUUUUGGAGGGAAGAAGCUACCAGAAAAACCCUGAUAAGGUUCUCGAAAAGAGCCAACCAGGUAGAACCCCCUCUUUGUUCAUUCAAGUCAAGGCUUUGUUGUCAUUCUGGUUUUCCAGGAAGCUUUCAGCAAAUCAAUAAGAAAUUGCCCUCAUAAGGAAGGAAGGUAACUAGAGUUCUCCAGCCUAGUUCUAAGUCAAUCCGUAGAUUGUUGUGUUUCCCCCAAAAAAGGUCUUAUAGUCUUGACUGCAAAUGUUUAUUUGGACCUACUAUAAGUAAAUGGAGAUUUGCCAAGAUCAAAAUUUUGCUAGGGUUGUAGUUAUUUGGUUGGAUUUUUUAUUCAGUGGAUUAGAGUAAGUCAAUGACCUGUGGCCCUAACUUUUGUUUGCAAGAUGUGGAGAAUAAUCCUGACCUUAUCAGGGGUCCUGGAAAAGGAGCCUGUUCAUCAAAAUGCUUCCAGCUUCUAGAAGCUUUAUGCCUAUGCCGAGAGGAGAAGAAUGGGUGCCACAAAGCCCCAAAACCAUCUAGCUCAGGACUGACUCUCUGCUGCCAGUCUGGCAUAAAUCAGAUUGAAACUGCUGAGUGCAUCCAGUUUAACCUCUUAUAAGUAUAUUUUUUCUGGGUUGGGGGGGGUGACAAUUCCACAGAGCUGAGUGUCCUAGAGCACAGGUUCUCAACCCUGGCUGCACAUGCAGAAUUAUCUGGCUAGUUUGUUUGUUUGUUUGUUUAAGUAUCAGUGCAAAGGCCCUGUGCUCAGAGAUUCAUAGCCAGCAGGCUUGGAGCAGAGCCUGGCUUCCAUGCUUAGUGUAGAUCUUUAGGGGUUCUCCUGGGAAGCCAGGCUUGAGAGCCUUUUAGUCCAGAACUUGCCGUGGCACCUGUUUGGAACCUUGAAGAAUGGUCUAGCAGACUGAGUUUCCUCUUGUUGCUAGUCCUCUGGAACAAACCGAGCAUCGAACAAUUACUAUAGCCCAGACAGGUGCAAAGGGAUUUUGUGCACAUGGUCUGUGCCGAACUCCUGAGUGCACUCCGUGAAGCACAACCCUAAAUGUCACCUUUGAACACAUUAGUGCAGGGAAAGGAGUGAUGGGGGACUUGAGUGGAUGGACUGGGUGGGUGGUUUUGGUUAAAAACCUAUCGUCUUUGCCCCCUUCCAUGGAAAGAAAGGGGUUCGGUCUUCACAGAGUAGCUAUCGGGUGUGAAGGCUUUGGAGAAGUCGUCUCUUCAGUAUAGCCUGCGAUUACUCGGAGUCCCCUUUGCAGUCCAGUCAGCUUGCUUUCUUGUCACACCUGGCUUGUCCCCAGGCCCAAAUCCCUGCUGGACUCCUCAGCAGAGGCGUGGGCCCGUUUCAUGCGCAGAGUGCAGGCGGCGGGGUGAGAGGAAGCUCAGGACCGCUUGGAAGUCACGAGGCUGUGGUGUCGGCAGACUCCUGUCCGGGCCGGCAGACAGGCGCUGUGCACUCCAGCCGUGCGUGGUCAUACUCGCUUUGGGGACUAGAGGAGACCUGAACUUUGUCUCCCGGAGAAGGAAAUCUGCCCUUGAAAUGAGGCUGCCGUGCUGGAGGAGGGCAGAUGCGAUCAUACGGCCUCUGCCCAUCCCUGGGGCGGCCGAACCAGCCCCCAUGCCCUGCAGCCCCAAACCCUCACUGCGACAUCAAAUGUCUCAUCAGGCAAACAGCAAGGAGCUUUCAGGUUGUGCUGUGCUCUCUAGACCAGAGGACAUUGUGGUUGGGGGGACAAAUGAAGUCUCUUAAAAAAACGCAAGAAACGUUCUCUCAGCUGGCCACGAGCAUUUCAGUCGAGGACGAUUUCCUUCCAAAGUAGAGGGGCUGUUUCAUGGCACGUUCACAACCCCCACCCCCAGUUCUCUCGCUCCUCCUCUGUGUCUGCUGGGGAAGUCAAGGUCAUAUUAAGGUGUCAGAUACUUUAACAUGAACAGAACAGUUUCCAAAUGUAGAAACACCACUGAUGCCCUGAGGGGAGACAGACUGGCAGGCAGGGCCGCUGAGCGGCUCAACAGAGGGGAGACUCAACCCCUCGGGCCCCGAGCUUGGUACCCAUUGUGAGUUCUGAGAGGUGUCUCGGCACGCUGCUUUCCCCAUCUGUUGUAAAAGGUCAUCCGGAACGAGGGUUUCUGGAAAGCCAGCUUGCUGAUUCAAUAAGUGCGUGACUUCUCACCCGCAAGGGAAAUGGGGAACUUGAGGAGUUUCAUGCAGGCCUCUUGAUGCUGAUUCUGUGGAUGAGCUCGUGUAGGAGGGAGUCUGUCACGUGCGUUAAAGGGACACUGCUGAGCUCCCGUCCCUUCUGUUGGUCUCUGUUCAAGUGUCAGAUGCGGUUCUCUGCUACAGUAGCGCUGAAGGAAAUCUAAUGGCCAAGAGUUAGAAACAACCCAUCCGAAUGCUGCUUUCACUCUGGUACCCUGAAGGGCCCUUCCGCCUUUCUAAAACCCAAAAAGGACAAUAUACAGAGGAACACUCCAGAAAGCUUUGCUAGUCUCUAACUAGGAAAAGCAAGUGGGCUCUUUGACAGUCUUUUCAAAACCAAACCGAGGAAUCAGCCCCUUUUCCCAGUUUCAGUGCUCCUAAGUAGGGCUUUUGUUUUGUUUUUAAGCUAACAGACAUGUCUCGCCGCCCAGUGCGAGCAGAACUCGUGAAGAGCAAAACCAGUUUUUGAUGUUCAUUGUAUUUUUGUAAGGCAGGGUAGAGCCAGGGCCCACAUGGAACACCCAGGCAGCCAGUUGUCUGCCACAUGAGUCUGGGAGAAGAGAAGGCAGGCCCGCCUGUCUGGCCAGAUUUUGAAAAGCCCUGAAACUCACGGGGCGCCCCUUGAGAGAGGCCACCUUCUCUUUAGGAUGGCCGCCUUUGAAAUAAGGGUUAACGGAAUUCCUGCCACAGGUCAGGGUCAGCGGUCGGGGGCCUGUGGAUGUGGGAGGAACUCAGACUGAAGGGGCCUUGUACAUGGGAAGAGGAACUCUAGCUGUGCUGUUGACAGCAUGGAAAGCAGGUAAGGCCCCAGGGCAACUGGGUGACCGUCCCACCACUUGGACAUCUGGGGUGGGCUUUGGGGAAGUGGAGGAGUGAUUUCCGGGUGUGGGGGUGUUACGUCUGUGGAUUUGGAAUUUAUCCCUGAAAUCACUUGUUCAAAGAGCAACUUCCCAGCAGAAGCCCCUCCUCCUAGGUUGUUUUUUGAUUUUUUACAUAAACUACAUCUGGUCCUUCUCACUUAGGAAGUUUCACUCUGUCCCAUAAAAUGAUUACAUGGUAAUGCCACCAAGAUUCAUUUAAAAGGUGAAAAGCAAUUUUUAAAAAGAGGAUAGGAUGAAUUUAACAUGGGAUAUGACCUUCUGGGGAACUUUUUUAUAGAGAGUUUACAUGU